GAGGCGCCAUCCCGGCCAAUAUAAGGCGGCGGGGAAGGUGUUGAAGUCACUCAGCGUCUUGAAGGCGAGUGAGUCACACGGCAAGCUGUGCCCCAGGAAGACACGCCUGGCCAUCAUCACCGUCAUCACCAUCCCCAUCAUCACAACCUUCUACUAAACAAAAUGGUGCUCAACAACAAAACCUCCGCCAACUCGGCCAACAACAUCAUGCUCGACACAAUGACGACCAGCUUCAUCAAGAAUGCUGCCAAGGUCGCCGCCGAGGAGGCCAAGAAGAGUCUUGACUUCCAGCCAUACUCUAUCUCUGUCAGCUAUGGAAAGAUCACAAGUCUCAAGCCCAAGGUGCGCUCGUUCGUGGAGGACAGCGCCCGCCUGUGCCGGCCGGAGAAGGUGCACAUCUGUGACGGCAGCGAGCGGGAGCUGCGCCACCUGCUGAACGUGAUGCAGCAGGCGGGCAUGAUCGAGCCGCUGCCCAAGUACAAGAACUGCUGGCUGGCGCGCACCGACCCCGGCGACGUGGCGCGCGUGGAGAGCAAGACGUUCAUCGUGACGCGCGACCGCCGCGAGACCAUCCCCACCCCGAAGGAGGGCGUGCGCGGCCUGCUGGGCAACUGGAUGUCCCCCGAGGACCUGAAGGGAGCCGUGCAGGAGCGCUUCCCCGGCUGCAUGGCCGGCCGCACCAUGUACGUGGUGCCGUACUCUAUGGGCCCCGUGGGCUCCCCUCUGUCCAAGAUCGGCGUGCAGGUGACCGACUCGCCCUACGUGGUGGCGUCCAUGCGCACCAUGACGCGCAUGGGCGGCCGCGUGAUGGAGGUGCUCAACGAGGAGGACUUCGUGCGCUGCCUGCACUCCGUGGGCUGUCCGCUGCCCGUGACGCGGCCGCUGGUCAACAACUGGCCGUGCGACCCCACGCGCACCAUCGUGACGCACGUGCCCGAGAACAACGAGAUCAUCUCCUUCGGGUCCGGCUACGGCGGCAACUCCCUGCUGGGCAAGAAGUGCUUCGCACUGCGCCUGGGCUCCGCGCUGGCGCGCCGCGAGGGCUGGCUGGCGGAACACAUGCUCAUCCUGGGCAUCACCAACCCCGAGGGCGAGAAGCGCUACAUCGCCGCCGCCUUCCCCUCCGCCUGCGGCAAGACCAACCUGGCCAUGAUGACGCCCUCGCUGCCGGGCUACAAGGUCGAGUGCGUAGGCGACGACAUCGCCUGGAUGAAGUUCGACUCUGAGGGCGUGCUGCGCGCCAUCAACCCCGAGAACGGCUUCUUCGGCGUGGCGCCGGGCACCUCCAUGCACACCAACCCCGUGGCCAUGCAGACAGUGCUGUCCAACACCAUCUUCACCAACGUGGCCAAGACUAGCGACGGUGGCGUGUUCUGGGAGGGCCUGGAGAAGGAGACGCCCAACGACGUGUCCAUCACAUCCUGGAAGGGCGAGGCCAACUGGAGCCCCGAGCUGGGCACUCCCGCCGCCCACCCCAACUCCCGCUUCUGCACGCCCGCCGGCCAGUGCCCCAUCAUCGACCCCGCCUGGGAGGACCCCGAGGGCGUACCCAUCUCCGCCAUCCUGUUCGGCGGCCGCAGGCCGCAGGGCGUGCCUCUCAUCUACGAGGCCAACGACUGGAAGCACGGCGUGCUGGUGGGCGCCGGCAUGCGCUCCGAGGCCACGGCCGCCGCCGAGCACCGCGGCAAGGUCAUCAUGAACGACCCCUUCGCCAUGCGCCCCUUCUUCGGCUACAACUUCGGCCACUACCUGCAGCACUGGCUCAGCAUGGAGGGCCGCACCAGCCGCGCCAUGCCCAAGAUCUUCCACGUGAACUGGUUCCGCAAGAACGAGAAGGGCCGCUUCAUCUGGCCCGGCUUCGGCGAGAACGUGCGCGUGCUGGACUGGAUCCUGCAGCGCGUGGAGGGCCGCGACGUGGCCGAGGAAAGCGCCAUCGGCCUGCUGCCCAAGCCCGGCUCCCUCAACCUGGCCGGCCUCGAGGACCACAACAUCGACAUGGACGAACUCUUCAGGCUGCCUAAGGACUUCUGGACGCAGGAGGUGCGCGACAUCGCCACCUACUUCGACCAGCAGGUGGGCGACGACCUGCCCAACGAGGUGCGCGAGCAGCUCAAGAUGCUCGAGAAGAGAGUCGAGAAGAUGUAAACACUUGUACGUCACGACACAUUCCCCAGCCAAUGGCAAAACUCGGGCAUCUCUGCUCGUCACCUUCAUCCUCAUCAGCACCAUUCCUGUCAUCACCAGCAUCACUACCUCAUCUCUUUUUCAUCUCGUUUCUCUACUGCUGUUGUGAAUUCAUUCUAUUUUCUGUCUUCCAACGUGUCUCUUCCUUUUUUUUUUUCGGUAUGAUGGAUCUUUUCAUCACCCUCGUGUAAAUGAACGGAUGGCACAGUUUGUGAUACUAGGAUAUAAAAACAAGAAAUAUAUGCAAUCAUAAUAUACCUUAA